AGCAAAGUUUCCGCCAAACACAGAGGGAUAAAAGCAAAAAGCCUGUCUUGGAAAAAGCUUGGUGUUCGUCUGUCUGCUCGGAGUCAGUGUGGAAUCUAACACCAGCGUAUGGUGGCGUUAUGGCACAGAAUGAAACACAUCCACUUUUGGAGAUACUAAAGUCUUUUAAUCUUGGCGAUAUGAUUUUAGCCUUCUGUUUAUCGAUGCUUGUGGGCCUGCUGCUGGGUGCUCUGGUGUACGUUCUGUUGACCUGGGCAUCCAGGCGCCAGGCCACCGCCAGGAUCACCAGGCGCUCCAAAAAGAGAUCCGGCACUUCACAUACACCCAUGAGCAACCAGCCGGGCCUUUACAGAAGCACUUUUCUGAGCGUAUACAGACAGCCCUCUCUGGAGCCAGUGGGCCCUCUGGGGAGUAAGCCCGGCGUAGAGACCUCAACCUUCCGCCCAGUGCCCAAGAGAAGCAGGGCUGGUCUGGAGAUGGGAGAGGACACUCUGGUCAUCAUGCCUGAGGACACACCAGCAUCAAACUUAUCGGAUUCAGCAUCCCUCGUGCCAAACAAGAGACAUUCGUUCUGGUUGGGCAACAAUGGACUGAAAGGCUUCCUACCCUCACAGACUCCCCCUCCUGCAUAUGACAGUGUCAUCCAUGCCUUUGAGGAGACGUGCACUUGACUCUGUCCAAGAUCAAUUGAAAAAAGGAGAACUUUCUGGGAUUACACAGGACUUUUUGACUGUGCUCUGGUCCUUCCGGACCAUUUCUGACACUUUUGAGUGUAAAGCAGUGCGCCCUUAACUGAAAAAGCACCACAAACAUCAAGUCUCCAAUCAGUAUAGUAUCAUGAGAUAAAAGAUUUAGGGGUGCAACUAACAAUAAUUUUCAUAAUCGUUUUAUUUGCAUUUUAAAUUCCCGGUUAAUCGGUUAAUUUGUUUCUAUAAAAUAUUUAAUUUAAAAAUGAUUAAAUAUUGAUGAAAAGGGAGACAAGCAGCCACUCCUAAAACUGGAGAAGAUGUAACAAGCAGUUGUUUUGCUUGAAAAUGACUCAAACGUUUAUUCAAUUGUAUGACUAAUCAUUGCAGUUCUAAUAGUUGUUUGUAUCUUUUCAUGUGAAGAGAGUCUGAGGGUAAAUUUUCCUUUUUACUACACACACACAAACACACAAACACACACACACACUCACACACACACAAGAAGAUGAGGGAAACACUGUGUGCUAUGGAUAGUUACAUUAUCUAAUAUCAAAAUAAAGACUAAAUGAUGAUGAUUUGAUUUCAGUG